AUGGCGGAGGCCAUCUUCUCGGCGGUCGUCGGCGACAUGGUGGGCAGGGUGAUCUCGCUUCUCGCCGGCCGCUUCAGCGACCAACAGAGCACCAGCAUCAAGCUGCAGAAGAUAAGUCCUAUGCUUGUCAGGAUUCACAGCGUGGUGGAGGAGGCCAAAGGGAGGCACAUCACAAACCAUGUGGCCCUCAAGUGGCUCUCGGAGCUCAACGACGGUGUGCACCAGGGUCGUUAUCUGCUCGACACGAUCAGGUGUGGAGAGCCGGAGCUUGAAGACGGGCAUGGUGGCAAGGUACCAGCAGCACAGCCUUUCUCUCUGUCCUUGUUUAAUCCUGCAAAGCGCGUGCGUGUCGCCACGAGCACCGUGGAGUGCAUACUGUCUCGCCAUGACGCCGGUGUCGAUGAGAUCGACACGGUGCUAGAGAGCUUGCAAAGCAUAUCUGGUGAUCUCCGGGAGUUCAUGAUGCUCCUGCAAGGCUGCAGGCGGAUCCGCCGCCCUUUGGCUACCAACAUAUUUGUGGACGGGCAGAUGUUCGGCAGACAUGUCGAAAAAGAAAGGAUCAUCAACUUCUUGCUUGACGACAGCGGUCCAUGCAUCACGGGGAACCUGCCUUUGCUCCCAAUUGUUGGUGACAUUGGAGCUGGGAAAACUACCUUGGUGCAGCACGUCUGCGAUGAUGCCAGGCUGCGCAACCGCUUCCCAAUAAUUAUGUUGUUUAAUUUCUCAUCUACCUACGCUAUGGCGACGGGUGGAGCAACUGUUGUUCUGAAAUCAAAACAUGUGAUCGGAGGGUCUGGAAAGCUUUAUCAUCCACUGCAAGUGCUCAACGAGAAUUUCCGCAAGAAGCGGUUCCUGAUGGUGUUUGAGGACGUUGACAUGCACAAGAAGCAGCAGCUGGAUGAGCUCUUGCCGAGCCUGAGACACACCAAACAGAAACAGGGGAGCAAGAUCAUACUCACCACCAACAACAGGCGUGUCGCAGCCAGCAUGGGGACAGUGGAGCCGAUCAAGCUGAAAGUUUUGCCACACCCAGAGUACUGGUUCUUCUUCAAGGCUCAUGCCUUUGCAGCCACAGACAUCGAGGAGAACCCGAGGCUGCUGGCGGUAGGCAAAGCCAUUGCAAGGAAGCUAAAUGGAUCAUUCUUCGGCGCGAAGAUUGUUGGAGGGGUGCUGAAAGCCCAUCCAAAUCUACAGCUCUGGUGUAAGAUCCUGAGAAGCAACAUUGGGGACCUGUCAUUGUUGGGUGAUGGCCUUGGGUACAUAGCAGAUUUGGCAGAAAAUCUGCUGCCAAGUCACGUAAAGAUGCGCCAGCUGAUUAUAUCCAAGAAACCGCUCUCCUCGACACAGCCCGAGUUUGCCAGGUUGCAUGAUAUGCUUCUGCCAAGCCCUGAUGCAGCAGCAGCAGACCAAGAAAGCUGGAGUGCGGAUGUUCGAAAUGCAAAAGUGUUGUUGUGCAGGUCAGUUAUGUCAUUCUUUUGCCUGGACUACAACGCUCAUUGCACUGUAAGUGGGCGAAACAGUUCAUCAGGAUCCACACAUUUCAAUCAUCGGGAACCCCGUGUUGUUGGGGAACUAAACCUUAUGUAUAGGAAUUCUGUGUGCUGA